CAUGAUACCGGUAAUGUUGUCGUGUCGGUAACCUAUCCUGCUCCAUGGAAGCGGGUGAGUUAUCAUAAGUUAACAGAGGUUUCCCAGGCUUUCGUACUAUGGGGAGUGUUUGACGUUCCUAUUUGACGUCAUGCGCCAAGAGGAAAUCAUUGUCCAUCUUUGCUCCCUUGCCUCUCGGAAUUCGACUCUUGUUUAUUUUAUGCUCCAUUGAUGCCUGUGCUGUCUUUGGGACUGCGAUCGCCGAGUAAAAUAGCACGAGGGAUAAGUUAGCGCGAGGGCAAGAGGAGGAGGGUAUGGUUUUGAGGGGAACGAGAUUCGUUACGAUACCUGCUGGUGGAGGUUGGUCUGGCUAGAGUGAACACCCCGUUUUCGUGUAUGAUGGAGGUACGGCCGAGCAGGACUGCUGGAUGGUUGGUAGGAUGGGGAGGUUCAAGGUGGGGACGCUCCCUUUACUUUUGUUUCCUCCCUAGAUUCCGGUGCGGAAUCCCAUUCAUCCCACCUCCUUCACCUCCCUCAUCCCCCUCUUGCCCUCAUCACUCAUCUCCCGUCCUUCACCUUGACAAACAUCUUCACAUCUUCGCCUGCCACACACACCCGCUGCAUUCACCACACCACCAUCUUUCACCACUACCCGCAACGAGAGGGGUUAAAAAAAAGGAAAAAGGAAAAAAAAGGAGGAACCUAUCUCUGCGGGCUGUCCUUCUACCCAUAUCUUCAGCCUUUUUGUUGCUGCAUAUUGCCCUGUCAAUUUUUGCUACUUUUUCCUAGUGGCUGCUUGCUUGGUACUUGUAAGUCGCGGCUGCCCCCCCAUAGCCAUUGCCCCCGAAGCAUACAUCUAUAUUCCGCUCGUCCCUUUUCCUUUUGGUCACUCCCAGAUAUUUCAGAAAAGCAUUCCCACCGGAAAUAAAGUCAUAUCGCUACACGCAGUUUCGCUGACCUUUCUAGUCUUUCAGAAAAAAAAAGGAAGAAAAAAAAAGAGCAGCGAGGAGUCAUUGAGAACACUCACGGUACGAAAUGUCUGAGACACCGGAAGGCAGAAGGGAUGUCAAGAACCACCUUCUGUUCGAGAUUUCUACAGAGGUUGCAAACCGGGGUAUGUUGAUUCUCAUCGUCAAUUCCCCGGUGCUAUCGGUACUGGUUCUAAUCUGAAUCGAACUUCACAGUUGGCGGUAUCUAUUCCGUCAUCAAGUCUAAAUCGCCCAUCACUACUGCAGAGUAUGGCGAACGUUAUUGCCUGAUCGGCCCCCUCAACCGUACUUCCGUGCGUUCUCAAACACCCUCUCGCUCCUCUUCUCCAUUUUAUCGUUCAUUCCCCGUGCCUUGUUCCCCACCGCCCCCAUAUUGGCAUCCAUACCCCCCCAAAGAAGCUACCCAUUAUCCAUUAUCUCGUCCACUUUGCCCUCCAGCAUCACCACUAAUAUCAGACUACGAUGUUCUCACGCAGGCUGCUGUCGAAGUUGAAGCUCUUGAGCCAACCAAUCCGGCACUGAAAGCCACCCUCGAUGCUAUGAGUGAUCGGGGAAUUCAAUGGCUGUAUGGUAGAUGGCUUAUUGACGGUGCCCCAAGAGUGCUCCUUUUUGAUACAGGUACUGGGUAUAAGCACUUGGACGAAUGGAAGGGAGAUCUGUGGAGCACUGCGGGGAUCCCGUGCCCACCGGGUGAUGGCGAAACCAACGAGGCUGUCGUGUUUGGCUACCUGGUUGCCUGGUUCCUUGGAGAGGUAUGUGCCCUGUCCGAUGCGGGUACCCGAUUCGGCUGACCCCCCACAGUUCGUCAGCCACGAGCAAUCCCGUGCAGUUAUUGCCCAUUUCCAUGAGUGGCUUGCCGGUGUGGCUCUCCCCCUCUGCCGCAAGCGAAGAAUUGAUGUUACGACUAUCUUUACAACUCAUGCUACCUUACUUGGAAGAUACUUGUGUGCUGGAUCCGUUGAUUUCUACAACAACCUUCAGUAUUUCGAUGUGGAUGCUGAAGCGGGCAAGAGAGGAAUCUACCACCGUUACUGUAUCGAGCGUGCAGCGACCCAUUCUUGCGAUGUCUUCACCACAGUUUCUCAUAUCACGGCUUACGAGAGCGAGCACUUGCUCAAACGCAAACCAGAUGGAGUCCUGCCCAAUGGAUUGAAUGUUGUCAAGUUUUCUGCGAUGCACGAGUUUCAAAAUCUUCAUGCCCAGUCCAAGGAGAAGAUUCAUGAUUUUAUAAGGGGCCAUUUCUAUGGUCAUAACGAUUUUGAUCUGGAAAAUACUCUCUACUUCUUCACGGCCGGGCGUUACGAGUACCGCAAUAAGGGGGUUGACAUGUUUAUUGAAUCGCUAGCUCGGUUGAAUCACCGUCUGAAGAUCUCCGGGUCAAAGACCACCGUUGUUGCGUUCAUCAUCAUGCCAGCUCAGACACACUCCCUGACUGUUGAGGCUUUGAAAGGCCAGGCUGUUAUCAAAGCACUACGGGACACUGUGGACAACAUUGAGAAGGGAAUUGGGAAGAGGUUAUUUGAACGUGCACUGAGGUGGCAUGAUGGAGAACAAGUUCCAGCUGAGAAGGAUCUUAUGAGCAAUCAAGAAAAGGUCAUGCUAAAGCGACGGGUGUAUGCUUUGAAGCGAAAUUCUCUUCCACCGAUUGUUACGCAUAACAUGGUGAGAGAUGGGGUACCCUCAAUUAUUUCGUUGCGAUGUUGCCUCAAGAAGGUAUCAUAUACUGACCGUUUUGUGUUGCUUUAGAUUGAUGACCAAGCCGAUCCUAUCCUUAACCAAAUCCGGAGGGUGCAGCUAUUCAAUCAUCCCUCCGAUCGAGUUAAGAUUAUUUUCCAUCCUGAAUUUUUGAAUUCGUCGAACCCAGUUUUGUCGCUCGACUACGAUGACUUUGUUCGCGGGACCCACCUUGGUGUUUUUGCAUCCUACUACGAGCCUUGGGUGAGCUGAGCAUCUCUAGUUAGGAUUGAGGCGAGCACUGAUUAUUGCAACGUAGGGCUAUACUCCUGCUGAAUGCACCGUUAUGGGUGUCCCAUCGAUUACGACCAACCUUUCCGGUUUUGGGUGUUAUAUGGAAGAAUUGAUUGAAAACGCAUCUGACUAUGGUAUCUACAUUGUGGACCGCCGAAUGAAGGGAGUCGAUGACAGCGUCAACCAGCUUUGCCAGUUCAUGUAUGAUUUUACUGUUAAAAGCAGGAGACAAAGGAUCAACCAAAGGAAUAGGACCGAGCGAUUAAGCGAUCUCUUGGACUGGAAGAGAAUGGGCAUGGAAUAUGUUAAGGCAAGGCAGUUGGCCUUGAGAAGAGGUAGCUCGCUCCGCCUUGUGGUAGCCGCAGCUGGACUAAUAACCGAUUUUAGCCUACCCCGGUUCGUUCGAUUCUAAGGAACCAUUCCCAUUCUUUGAUGGUACGGAGCAAAAGGUUUCACGUCCCUUGUCUGCUCCUGGUUCUCCGAGAGACCGCUCCGGCAUGAUGACUCCUGGAGAUUUCCCGUCCUUACAGGAGGGAAUGGAAGGGCUGAAUACAGAUGACUAUGUUAGUUGGAGAUUGCCGUAAGUGCCGAAACCUCUGAUCUGGGGGGAAAAGCCCUAUGUUAACACACUCGGGGAUAUCUAGUGAGGAAGAGGAUCCAGAUGAUUACCACUUCCCCUUGACCCUCAGAACGCCUCUUACGAAGAGGCAACAACCAUCCGUUAAUGGCGAACAGAACAGCUAGGAUGGGAAACUCUUGUAGCGCAUUGUUGGCAGGUGGAGAGGCAGAGUGAGCAAUGGGACCAGAAAAGAAAGCCAGGUUAGCAUUCGAGAAUACCGUCUUUUACCGCACUGCUUCUAUGGGUAUUGGUCGAGGCGGGUUGGAAAGGCGGUACCAUUCCCUGUAAUUGUAUUUUUAGUGAUCAAAUGUUUCGUUUGUCAGAUACUUCAUUGUUUGAUAUCGGGCAUUUUUUUCUCCCCUUCUUUCCUUGAUCUCUUUCCUAAAAAAAGACUACUAGAUGAACUGCUGUUGGUAGCUGGCAAGUGUGUGCGGAUUUGCGGAUUAUGGUGGAUGAAGGGGGAUGGUCUGACCACGAUACCCUGAUACUCCGCAGGACGGGCUUUUUUUUUCUUUCUUUUGGUGGUAAUGGAUGCAGUACGUACUUAGGCCGAGAGAUAAUCUACGUACAUAAGCGGAGCGACGCGUCUGCGCCUGGGUGGGUGUUAUCGUAUGGCUGUGUAUCCCUUUUGUUGGCUGGUUUCUGUUUGUGCUAGGGUGUUGAGCUAUUGUAGUGGGCGUAUCGGAGUGAUAUUUUGUGAAUAUACAUUCUUGAGCGCUAAAUAGAUAUCAUAGCUUUUUUGUUUUUUUGUGGGAGGGAAUAUGGUAGUCUGGGUUAAGGUGUCUGUUCUGCUUUAGAAUCCGGGUAGUUUGGGGGUUAGGUAUUUUAUUGUGCCCAUUUUAGAACCAAACCGAUUAACCCAGGAUCACUCGUUUCUGAGCAGUGUUGAAUGUGCAUAUCAAUCACUAGUUGGACCCCGGGAUGUCAUUUCCCACUGGAACACCAUUCCAGGUUCAGGCAAGCAAGAUGCUUGUUGUUGGCGAGUAUCAUGACUAUUUUAACCGUAGCAGCUUAUAAGGUUGACUUUGGUGGGGAAUUCUUUCAGGAAACCACAGAUGAGUUUGGUGCCCACCCGUGCCUUGUAGGUCAGGUUGGCACUGGGGAUGCCCGAUGCGUAAGCUCGCGUAGUAUGCUAAAUGUAUGUUGCGUCAAUCGAGAGAUAUCAAACUCCUCCAACACCACAAUCCUUUUAAAAACGUUGACUACACAACAAACAUGCACCUGACUUUUUUUUUUUUUUUUUUGCGUCGGGCACAAUAUCUCUGCUUAUCCUGACUGAAUCCCUCUGAGGGCGUAAGGGGUUUUAUCCUGUCGUGGGGGAUUAAUCAGUCUUGUUGUGGAGAACCGAGUCCAGACAUACCUGAAGAGAGAGUUUUCCGGGACCGUGAUGUUAAAUUUGGACCGUUAGGCCAUAGUCCUGGCAUUAAGUGUUGCCGCCUGUUAAGCCUUAUGUUAUGAGGGUUGGGGGGGAAAGGGGACUUGGAGUUCACAGUUUGGAAGCAUGCCGGGUGGGUGUAAACAUAUUAUGAUAAAGUGGGUCCAUUCCGGGUGGGUAUGAUAUCUCUAUGUAGACACCGGAUACUGAUAGCUGAUGGUGAGGUCUCUGCGUUCUCUGGGGGGGCGGUGGAAAUAGUCAUAACCAAAUGGGAUAUGAUAUUAGUGACAGGAAAGAAAGAGAGAAGGGGGUUUGGAAGUGCUCACUUGUUUACAUGUCAUGGGUCGUAUGCUUUCGCCCAAUGCGCAGACACAUAAUCCGGUUUUUGUGAUAGGACAUUGUGUUUGGAUUUAUGUAGAGUCUGGCAUAAGAGAGCUGUGAUGGCAAGAUAAUAGUAAUAAUUGGGUCCAGUGCUGAGUUACCAGCCAGGGAGGAGUAGAAGUAGUCAAGAACUUUAGAGGAUGUCCUUUGUAAUAUUCUUUUCUGGGGGGGACCUUAGGCUGUUUGGUGGGAUCUCCUGGAUUUGUUUAUUUCUGGUUGUAUUAAGGCAAAAGGGUCAUGCAUAUCAUCCAAGUAACUAACUAAC